GAGGAUUGGCGCUCGCGCGGAGGACGUGCGGCUGGUCAGCGUGAGGCUGGACAGGAGGGGCGGGGAGAAGCUCGGCCUGAGCAUGCACUCGCUGGUGGUGCAGGAGGUGAAGCCGGACGGCCUGGGCGUCGGCCUGUUCUCAAAGGGCGACCGCAUCGAGGAGGUCAACGGUCGCAAGGUGCGCUCCCAGUCCGAGUUCACGGAGGUGCUGAGUGAGACACGGGGGCCCGUGCUCAUCAAGGUGCUGCCCCAGCCGGUGCUGACGGUCGACCCGAUGCCGCCAUCCUGCAGGACGGGCCCGGUGCCGCUGGGGCGCCCCCCGGCGGGGCAGCGGGGGCCCCCGCCCCCGCCGCCUGCGCGGAGGCCGGAGGGCCUGGGGCAGCCGA